AUGUCGCCGCCGGAGGAAGAGGGCCGGCACGCGGAGGCCUCGCUGACAGUCCGCGUGGAGGCGGGGGCGGUGCGCGGCCGCGUCGCGGAGGCGGAGGGGGCGGCUGGCUGCCACCGGCGCUACCGCUACCGCAGCUUCCAGGGCAUCCCGUACGCGCGGCCGCCAGUAGGCAAACUGCGGUUCAAGCCCCCGGAAGCGGUGGAGCCGUGGGAGGGCGUGCGCGACGCCAUCUGCGAGGGAGCGGAGUGCGCACAGCUCGACUUCUGGGAGCGCCACUACAAGGGCGACGAGGACUGCCUCUACCUCAACGUCUACACGCCGCUGGUGGAGCCCGCCCCCAGCCCUGGUGGCUGGCCUGUUAUGGUGUGGGUGCAUGGGGGCGGCUUCGCCCACAGCUCGGGCACGACGCGCGAAUAUGGACCAGACUACCUGCUGGCACAUCAGGUCAUCCUCGUCACCUUCAACUACCGCCUGGGACCGCUCGGCUUCCUGACCACGGGCGACGCUGCGUGUCCCGGCAAUAUGGGCCUACGCGACGUGCUGGCUGCGCUGCAAUGGGUGCGUCGUAACAUCGCCGCCUUCGGGGGCGACGCCGACAACGUGACCAUCUUCGGCGAGAGCGCCGGCUCCAUCAUCUGCCACGGGCUGCUGCUCUCACCCGCCGCCGACGGCCUGUUCCACAAGGUGAUCUGCCAGAGUGGCGUCACGUUCGCGGCGGCGCUCAACAGCCCCGUGGCGGACCGCUCGUGGCGGCUGGCGCGGCACAUGGGCCUGCCGGCGGGGGCGUCCUCCCACGAGAUGCUCGACUUCCUGCGAGGCCAGCCCGCCAGGGCGCUGGUCGAGAACCAGAUGGCCGCGCGCUCCCAGCAGGACGUGGACAUGCUGGAGCAGUUCCCGUUCGUGCCGGUGCUGGAGGCGGCUGGCAGCCCGGGGGCGCUGAUCACCAGGGAGCCGGCGGACCUGCUGCGCAGCGGCGCCUUCCGCCAGCGGCCGCUCAUCAUCGGCUUCACCUCCAGGGAGGGCCUGCUCUUCUUCAAGGACAUUCUCCAAAACAAGUCAGCGAUACCAGAUCUGGACAAAAACUUCCACAAGAUCAUCCCGUCCAACGUGCCCAUGAAGGACCCUCUCCGUGUCUUCGUGGGGAAGAAGAUAAAGAAGUUCUACUUCGGCAGCCAGCCGUUUGACGAGUCCAGCAUCGGCACGUACUGUGACGUGCGGGGCGACAUGCUGUUCUUCUACCCGUCGGUGCUGGCGGGCCGCCUCCACGCCCGCCUCCGCGACGCCGCCCCGCUCUACCUGUACCACUUCGCCGUCGACGGCCGACUCAACAUGUUCAAGAAACGCUUCGGCGCUGACGCCCACACAGGUGCGAGCCACGGGGACGACGUGCUGUACCUGUUCACGGCCGACUGCUGCCGCGACGUCCAGCUGGAGCCCGACUGCCUGGAGGCCAGAACCGUCGCCCGCAUGACGCGCAUGUGGACCAACUUCGCCAAGACGGGGAACCCGACGCCGGACGCCGGCGACCCCGUGCUGGGGGGCGUGGCGUGGCCGUCCAGCGGCGGCGGCCAGCUGCGCUACCUGGACAUCUGCGGGGGCGGGCUGCGCGUGCUGUCCGAGCUGCCCCCCUCCUACCAGCGGCGCGUCGCCUUCUGGGACGGCCUGGCCGCCAGCCCCGCAGUGCUCAAGGUCGUCGAGUUCGUCAUCUGCUGCCGCGCCGCGCUGGCGCGCCUCCUGCGCAGGAACUGACACGCCUGCCAGCUCAAAAGUGCGUCGGGAACGGCACGAGUUAACUAGGGCAAAGGUCCUCCAACGUGGUCCCAGAAAUCUCUGUUUCCAGCUUAUAAGACUCUCCCGCAUGGAAUGGACAUUGAAAGAACUCCCUGUUACACCUUUCUCGUAUAUUUUACGAAUUGAUCGCCUCUCUCUCAAACAGUUCAUCUUUUGUACGAAUACAGGCUUCAGAGUGCCGGUGGUAACGAGUGUGUUCUGCGUCACGUAACUUACACAACUCACAAAACAAGACGUGCUUCUGUCACUGGCAAGAGUACCAUAAACCGACAACUAGACUUAACUCCACAUACAAAAGUAUGAUGUUGUUCCAAUAAGUGGUCACAAAUAAUGCCAACUCAUAUUUCACUGACAAUCUCUGCUGGUGUGAUGUCUGUAUGUAAAUACGCUGCCAUAGUAUAGAUGUGAAAACUUUGCACCCCGAUGUCGCGUGACAGUUGUCUCAUUCGUGAAAAUACUGUCGUCUAAUGUGGCAAUUAUAAACUUCCGGAUCCCUUUAUCUACAUUUCCUUUUACCUGAGGAAUCCCGGUCCCUAAAUAUUAACACGUAUUCUCGAAGCACUCUCCAUAUUUCUUUUACAGUUCUACUGUCUAUUGCUAGAUUCUUUUCCUUUACAUAAUAAGGCAAACAGUGGCCAAACCUGAACCAAACGAAAGUUAGUAUUGUUUGGGAGACCUCACAUUCAUGUAGUCCAUACAUCCUAUAAACUCGACAGCAACAGCCAUAACGUUUCCAACCGGCGCACACCGCUGCGCCUAUACCAGAGCACCUGAGCAAACCUACAUCUGCAUUCAUUCCAAGUCGAAACGCAAAACAAUUUCUAUGGGCCCCAAGUCUUGGACCAUCAAAUAUGCCCGGACACUGAACCCCCCUGCCAGAUCCAACUCACGCCUUCUCGUUCUUUCCCUCAACAGGGCCCACCUCCCCUCAUUUCUUUUCUUUGCUUUCCCCUGCAUAACAAUGGACAAACUCCUUCCUUACGACACUUCCCCGACUGUCAUGUACCCUGAUAUAAACCCUCCCACUUAAACUUGUUCUCCUUGUUGAGCGGCAUUUCGGAACACUGUCAGUCCAGGAUUGACAAUCAGGAAGAAAAGAGUACGCUGGACAGUACAUUUAAAAGAUGAAAACAAUGUUCUGCAAUGGCUAAUUUCCCCUUUGGGAAAUGUUGGCACAUUUCGUUACGAGGUGACAUGUGCACUAACCGCAGCUCCUACAAAACAUUAAAAGUUCAGUGCACUACCGAGUUGCCCUAACCAAAGAAAAUAAGGGAAAGGAUGUGCGCUUAUGAGCCAGUUCAGUGCUCCGCAUCAGUAUCCCUGAUGCUACCAACUCAAAAACGAGGGUCAGACAGAAAAUGAUACCUACUUUCUUUAUUUUUAUCUUACAAGGAAAGCAAAUGCCAUAUACAUAGAAUAACAACAACAUUCACUAUUAAUUCGUUACUUUUCAAUAUAAUCACCAUAUUUGUUCACAGCUUCUUUUUCAUCUUCAAAUAAGAGCAUUUAUACUUAUGCAAUAAAGAUCAUGGUCUCGCUUCCUAAGACACUGGCGCAAAGAAUUUUUCAGAGUCUUCAAACGGUUGCCCCGAUAAGCUCCUCUGAAUGGUCUAACAAAUUGGUCAGUUGGUGCAAGUUCAGGGCUGCAUGGCUCAUAGGGCAAGACAUCUCAGCCAAAUUUUGGAAUUUCGCCAGUCGUGAUAUGACUGGUGUGUGACAUUGGAUUGCCAUGUGAAAUAAGAAUUGCCUUCACUUUUGAUGGGCGAGGUCCUCCUUUCAGCUUCGGUAGGGUUAUCACGUAUUGGUUAGAGCUUAUUAUGCAUCUUGUCUGCAAAAAAUCAACUAGAAUCACACCCUCUAAAUCCCAAAACAUUGACGCCAUAACCUUCACAGCAGAACGUAGUGUUUUCAAUUUUUUCCUUUUCGGCGAUGUCGUGUGAUAUCAUUUCAUGGACUGCCUCUUGAACUCUGGUUCAAGAAAAUGAACCCAAGUCUCGUCUCCAGUCACAGCUUUUGACAAAAUCUCCUCUGCCUCCACUCUGGAGCUCUGCAACAUAUUGGAUGCAACUGUUUUUCUUGCUUCUAUAUUCUGGACUGUCAACAAUUUCGGUACCCAGCGUGCACAAAUCUAGGAGUAACCCAGUUUUUCAAACUGGCCAUCACAUUGCCUUUCCAGGUGCAUAACUGGCGACACAAUUCAGCUGUUGUUACCCAGCGGUCAUUGCAAAUCAUUUGGUCGAUACAUUGAAAGUCGCUGCAAGUCGCUGGACGACCGCUCCGCAUUUCAUUAGCCAUCUGUGUUCGCCCUCCAGCUUUGCAACGGCGUUGAACCAAUCGUCUGACGGUGCUGACAUGUACUGUAGCAUUGUCACACGCCGUCUCCACGUUGCUCUUUCUGCAGUAAGGAAUUCAGUCACAUAAUACCGUGCUACAAGCACGUCAGAGUCGGCCAGUCUCAAAUUCAUGACUGCUACAUUACCAACAUAAUAAAGGAGAAAAAAAUUUCACUCAUUACUUUCUUGCUGGCUCUGAUACAUUUCCGCUUCAGCGCACAGCUGGCACGUUCACCUCUAGCUGAAAAAAAAAAACGCACUAUUUUAACGUUGUGCGACACUUUCAUACAUUUACCAACCGGCGUUGGGUGAUUUUUUUUUUUUUUUUCAGAAAAAGUGUUACUGGGCAGAGAGAGAUAUUAGAUAGCACAAACGUUGUGUCAUUUACAAAUGCAAAGUUGAUGCUACAUACAUAUUUCACAUAAAGAAUUUCCGGUACUUCAAAAAUUAAGCUGCUGAUCUUUCUGUUGAAAUAUGAUCAUAUAUUCAAACAUGGGUGACCGAUAAUUUAUUGCAAGGGAGGAACUGGGACUAUCAUCCAUGUUAAACUUUCAGUCUUUGUCACUUUGAUUUCUAGUACUUUCAGUAUUGUCACCUACGUACCUAGCGUACCUGUUCACGUAACAUCACUGGAUAUAACAAUGUGCAUUUGCAACAUACAAAACAUACAGUACUCAUUUUCUCUCAGGUACAAACUACAUAAUAUUUUCAACAUCGCUAACAGGCGAUAACACAAACUUUACUUUGUUUUAAUAAUUAGACUGCAUCCCCAUUAUUGAAUAACAUACUAUGUAUUUUGAUUGUAUUUACAGGAUUUCAGUAUUUUUCAGUAUUUUUGUAAGACCUACUUAAAACUUUCCCGCCGAAGAUAUGGUGCACCAUUUCUUGUUGCUACUCUCUGGCUCAUGUAGAAGAGACAUAUUUUUAGAUCUGUCUCUGUAUCUGGGACGAUAUCCAUCAGGUCAGAGUUGUCGCUACUGCUGGAGCCGAUGUUUUUGAUCGAAAGGAAUUCUGUUCGACAAUCUGGUUCAGUUAAUGGAGCAGAUUAGAUGUGAUGUGCCACAGGGUAGGAAUUUGAAUUUUUAACUUAACGAAGCAAUAAUGUGAUUGAUGCUACAUGUUUAUCGUAGCUGAAGAAGUGUAUGAUAUUUUUGUAUUUGAUUAUACCUAUAAUAGAAACCUACAGGUUAUACUUUAUUAUUGAUGUCAUAGUAUUGUAUAUGUUAAGUAUGUUGGUUUGACAGUUUAUAAAAGUUGAAGAAGAUCUUUAUGCUCAAAACUGUUAAUAAAUGAAUUUUUGUUAUUGAA